AUCCGUUCAUAGCUUUCCUGUCCUGGGCGGGAGUACAGCGCGCAACGAAUGCGUAAUUCCAUUCUUUGUUAUACCCUUACUGCGAGCUGUUCGUGUUGAUGCUCUAGAACUGGCAAUUAUCUCAACUAUUCGGUGAAUCACUGUAGACUGUCGCAACACGAACAAAAUGGCUAGUGGACCACUCUGCGGUGGCGUAUCGGAAGAUCCGGAGUUGGGCAAGCAAGAACACACGGAGCGGAUCGAAAAAGCGCUUGCCACAACGGCGGAUCAUGGUGGAAAAUCGUACAAGCUGCAUCGUGUGGAGAAGCAGGUCGUUGCUGGCAUGACGUACACGUACUACAUUUCGUUCAACGAUGAUGCAUCUGGGCAAAAGUACAAGAUAACCGUGUGGGAACGACCCUGGCUGAAGGAAAAAUCUCCGGAAGAGGCUGUGCGCAUUACGUUUCAAGCACAUACGGAAUAAUAACCAUUGUGUCUGUUAAUUAUGCUUUUUAUGGAGGUUAUUUGCUUGUUAUAUUAGCUAAGUUCAAUUUGUUGUGUGUUUUAUAUUUUUGGGUGAUAGGGUUGGGAAAGGGAUAUGAAUAGAAUCUCUACAUUUCUCAUUUUAAAAGCAAAUUCACUUUUCUGAAAAUAAAAGAUAAAAAAUAUGAUGUAGUUAA